AUGCCUGCUGCUCUGCUCAUCGGCGAGAUCACCCACGCCAGAAAGGAAUGGGAGGGUCUCUCGUCCAUUCUGACGCUCAAGGAAUUCCCCUCCGGGACUAGGGAGGACUUUAUCCGCAACCUCAAGGACGGAAAAUACGACGAUCUGGUGGCGCUCUACCGAUCCAACGCUUCUACAAAGUUCACUGGUCCUUUUGAUAAAGAAGUGAUUUCGCUCCUGCCUAAGUCGCUGAAAUAUAUCUGCCACAAUGGAGCCGGGUACGACAAUAUCGAUAUCCCCGCUUGCUCAGAGAAGGGCAUCUCCGUCUCCAGUACUCCAGUCGCCGUCAACGAUGCAACCGCAGAUGUCGGCAUCUUCCUCAUGAUCGGAGCUCUGCGACAGGCUUACGUGCCGUUGACUGCGAUUCGAGAGGGCAACUGGCAGGGCCAGACAACGCUCGGCCAUGACCCCAAGGGCAAGGUGCUUGGAAUCCUGGGCAUGGGAGGCAUUGGUCGCGAAAUGGCAAGCCGUGCCCGAGCCUUCGGAAUGACGAUCCAGUAUCACAACCGGUCACGACUAAGCCCUGAGCUCGAGAACGGUGCUAAAUACGUCUCGUUUGACGAUCUGCUGGCUACUUCCGACGUGCUGAGUCUGAACCUGGCCCUCAAUGCGUCUACCCGCCAUAUCAUUGCCGAGAAGGAGUUCCAGAAGAUGAAGAAUGGUAUUGUGAUCGUGAACACCGCUCGAGGUGCGCUGAUUGAUGAGAAGGCGUUGGUCGCCGCGUUGGAGUCUGGCAAGGUCACGUCUGCUGGUCUCGAUGUAUAUGAGAAGGAGCCGAUUGUAGAGCUCGGCCUGCUCAACAACCCUCGAGUAAUGCUCCUCCCGCACAUUGGCACGAUGACUUAUGAGACGCAGAAGGAGAUGGAGAUUUUGGUGUUGGAUAACUUGCGAUCGGCGGUAGAAAAGGGCGAGCUGAUCACGCAAGUUCCGGAGCAGAAGAAAUAA